CUCUUCAGCUGUAGUAGGUCUCAGCAUAGCGUCCUGUCAGGGGGUCUCCGCUGUCUCUUUGUUCAAGCAGAGGAAGGAAGGGGAGAAAGUUCGAAACAGAGGUGUAUUUUGGACCACUGCUUCAACGUAGGAAGUGAAACUUAAGUGCUAGUUGUUUGUACUUUUCCUUCAGCCCUUAUGGACACAAACCUAACUUUCUCAGCCUGCUUAUAUUACUGAGAUCAGACACUACAUGGACUGCCUGGCUGGUUACCGGAGGUCCCGUCACAGACACCUUGCCUCGGGUAGGUGAUCCUUACAUGCAGGACAACACAGUGAUGAUGAGCACUGUCAUUGGUUGAAUAUAGAUAUUAGGAAGAGAUCUAGGGUUGGUAUCUUCUUUUUCAAAAUAAAAGACUCUGGACUGACUAUGAAGCGGCGGCGCAAGUACUGGUUUUGGAGGCGGAAAGGUUUUAACGCAAAGAUGUGCCUGCUCUGCUGUUAUGAUAGGAAAGGCCAAGCUGACUGUUUCCAGACCAAAAACGCUGAUCAAGGGCCCUGCGUGGCGGUGAAAAUCGAACACUCCACGGCUCUAGGCACUAGCCCACCGUGCAGACAAAGCAACACACCCAGUGUGCAUGCGUGCCUGAGUCGGGCAGGCCGGGGAACACCUGACAAGAGCAGGAGAGGAGUCAAUGGAAGAAGCACUAGCAGCAGGGCUCGGCUGUUGUCUAAACCGCAAGUGCCUCCAAAGCCAGCACAUCUCCAGAGCCCGGUGACGGACCUGACAUCGCCACCAGGCCGCAUACAGAAACUACCACUAAAACAGAGGAUGGAUGAGGGAGGAGGAGGAGGGGGAGGGGGAGGGAGAAGUGCUGUAAACCGGGAGAAACUCAGAGAGAAACACUCCAAAGUCUCAGACCUCAUCAGCCGCUUUGAGGAGAACAGCGGCUCAGAGAACAAGAGAGACGGCUCGCCGCUCAAACAGAUCAGCAAGUCGACCAACAGCAGCCCGGCUCACUGCGCCUACCCAAAGAAGUCGGAGACAGACAGGCCUAAGGAGAACCACUCCUCCAAACCGGCCUCACCCGAGGAUGAACACAAACCUGCAGCCAACGGGGUGCUAGCUCAGAUGGAGCAGCACAAGGACAAGGAGGACAGCCAGGAAGAGAACAAUGACAGUGUGAGGACAGAAACCACGGCGCUGGUAAACGGAGAUAUGGGGUGCAGUGAACAGAGUGGUGAUCACUCACCUCCACAGACAGACAGGACUGUCGAAGAAAGCCAAACUGAAAAUAAGGACAGUGGGACUAAAAUAGAAACCGAGCACAAGAAUGAAGAAGGAAGCAUCGAGCAGAAGGAGACAAAUGAACAGAAGCUGUUUAAGAUUGCCAGCGAGCUCUUGCACACAGAGAAGGCCUAUGUAGCGCGACUGAACCUGUUGGACCAGAUAUUCUGUACUAAGCUGAUGGAGGAGGCAAAUAAAGGAACGUUCCCUGUGGACGUUGUGAAGAACAUCUUCUCCAACAUCGUCUCCAUCCAUGCCUUUCACAGCCAAUUUCUGCUUCCAGAUCUGGAGAAACGCAUGGGGGAAUGGGCGUCCACACCUCGAAUUGGAGACAUCCUGCUGAAACUCACACCCUUCCUCAAGAUGUAUGCAGAAUAUGUGAAGAAUUUUGAAAAAGCCAUGGAGCUGCUGAAACACUGGACUGAUCGCUCACCUCAAUUCAAGGGCAUCAUUCAGGAGAUACAGAGUCAGGAGGCCUGUGGCAGCCUGACGCUUCAGCAUCACAUGCUGGAGCCCGUGCAGAGAGUCCCUCGCUACGAGAUGCUGCUAAAAGACUAUCUGAAGAAGCUGCCUCAGGACGACUCUGACCGGCAAGACUCAGAGAAAUCACUAGAAAUAAUCGCCACAGCAGCUACUCACUCAAACAGUGCUAUACGUAAAUCUGAGAAUCUGAAGAAACUGAUGGAGAUCUACGAGAUGCUGGGUGAGGAGGAGGACAUUGUAAACCCCUCAAACGAGUUCAUUAAAGAGGGCCACAUCUUGAAGCUGGCAGCCAGGAACACCUCGGCCAUGGAGCGGUACCUCUUCCUGUUCAACAACAUGCUGUUGUACUGCGUGCCUAAAUUCAGUCUGGGAGGGACUAAGUACACAGUGAGGACACGGAUCGGCAUCGACGGCAUUAAAGUCCUGGAGACUACCAACGAGGACUACCCUCAUACCUUCCAGGUGUCUGGGAAGGAGAGGAUGCUGGAGCUACAGGCCAGCUCAGAGCAGGACAAGGCAGACUGGAUUAAGGCUUUCCACAGGACCAUUGAGAUCUUCCAGCAGAAAAACGAGUCAUUCAAGAAUGCACUGAAAGACGCAGAGGAAGUGUCGAACGCAGAGCUGGGGAAGCGUGCCCCUCGCUGGAUUCGCGACAAUGAAGUGACAAUGUGUAUGAAGUGUAAAGAGCCUUUCAAUGCACUGACACGGCGGAGGCACCACUGCAGAGCUUGUGGAUAUGUGGUGUGCUGGAAAUGUUCCGACCAUAAGUGGGAACUUGAAUAUGACAACAACAAGACGAACAAAGUCUGCAAGGACUGCUACCGCAUUCUGUCCGGAGCAGGGGUCGCAGAGGGCAAGAAGAAAGGCAUCCUGGAGAUCGAAGCUGCUCAGUUCACAGGCAGCAGCAUCAUGUGUGGCUUCCUGCAGUACUGUGAGAAGACCAAAGCUGGGCAGAAAGUGUGGUGCGUCAUCCCCGAGAAGGAGUGUCUGGUGCUGUAUCUCUACGGAGCUCCACAGGACGUGAAGGCCCAGUGCACCAUCCCUCUGCUGGGCUACUCUGUGGACGACAGUGCCCGGCCCACAGACCCCCCCGCCUUCUUCCGCCUGACCCAGUCCAAGUCCAUCCACAGCUUUGCCGCUGAAACCGAAGAGAUCAAGCAGCGCUGGCUGAAAGUCAUCCGAGUGGCAGUGAGGGGAGAGGUGCCUGAAUGCCCUGAGACCAACGGCGGCAGCGCCAACGUGACGGACAACAACAACACACAAGAAGCGAGUAGUGAUAGCUCAUAGAAGUGUGUUAACUACAAGCUAACUGCUGUUGAGAUGCUAAAGAAAGACAAGAUGUGCACUGCAAGCACAAAAUACAAACGAACACUCUCCAUGCUGUCCUUUGAAGAUAAGAACAUAAUCAGUGCUGGAUAUACUUCCGUUUCUUCCUGGAUUUUUUCACACAAGGACUUCUGACUCACUGCUAGAGCCGUGCUGGAUUACUAAAGGUUGUGUCUGGUGCAGUCAACACUAGAGCUGUCAGGAUUGAGUGACUUCCCUCCAACAGGCACUCUUAAAGACAGCUCAAACUCGGUCUUCCUACUUUCGAUCUGAGUCAGCUCCUCUUGAGCCACCACAGUGGAUUCACCCAGCUCUGUAUGGGAUGUGAAUGAGAGCCAGACAGAUCCUGCCCGUGCUGUGACUCAACUCUGUAACUGUACAGUAUAAAUGUUUUUUUGUUCCUCUUCAAAAAAGGAAAAUGUGUUGUACAGAAAUCAAUCCCAAAUGUUGUUUUGAUAACAUAGAAAAUGUCUAAGUUCCCCACCUUUUCUUUGCUUGAGAAGAUGGAUCCAAAACUGGGAAAAUGACUGUGUGCUUGGAUAAUGAUGGUCCCAGCUCCCUUUCACACCCCUCAGUGACAAUUCAUCACUAUUAACCCAAAAUCUGGUUGCACAUUGGCUGAUCUGUCUGCUUUUCAAUGUCCCAGUCCCGUUUGUGUUUUCUAUUAAGCUAAAGGAGUAACCAAUAUUUAGGCCACUGACCAUAGUAAAACAAAUCAUAAUGGCAAUACAUAUUGUGAUCUCGUAAAAAAAUGUACCUACAAAAUGCUUUAUAGAUCAAAUUGACUUAAAAGGGCCUCAUCACAUUUUAUCAAAAAACCUGUAUAAGUACAAUAAGUCAGUCCUGCUCAUUGGUUUGCAACAUAAAGCAAUUUAUUUUAUCACACCUCAAGUAAUGUUGGAGGACUGCAAGACAGAUAGAAGCAGCAGAAGCAGAGAUACCCCCUAGUACAAACUAGGCCUACAAUUCCCAUGAUGCAACCCAAUAGACCACCAUUAAGCCUUUCCUGAUUGCCACCGAUGCUGUCUGGUAUAAAUAGUCUAAAUCCUAAGUCAGGAUAUCCCUGAUGACGUCAUUCUCAGAUUUUCUCUCCAGAGCCAUAAAGACUACAGCUGUAUUUGCAGCUUGAGUUGCCAUAUUCCUGACAAAUUUACAAAUAGGUCAAUUAUUUGUAAAAUAAGAUCACCUUUUAAAUGUAAAGCUACGUUUUUAGAAACAAAUUAAUAUGUUCAUACAUGUCUAAGUUCUCUCAAUAUGUAUUGUCAUACUUCGCCCAUCCCUAAGGCCCAGACGGUGCUGUUAGAAUUAAAAUAGCAGUUUAAUCGUGUGUAAUUUAAUAUGGCCUACAACUGAUGGAUGAUAGUCAUUCAAAAAUGAGGAUUUGAGAGACAAACCGGGAUCAUCAAGUUUUUCUACAAAGAUGCGAACGCGGAACAAUCACAGAUACAGCAAACUGGUGCGAGAAAUGUAAAUGUUUUUUAAUGCUGUAAUUAAUUUUAAUAUUUAAAGUAAUUUAUAGAGUAUGACAAGCAUGAUCUGUAAAAAAUAAAGGUAGCACAAAUGUGUAUCCUGACUGUCAGCUAAGAAGCAGUAGGUAGGUCGUAUUUUUUUUCUGAGAUUUCUCUCCCACUAACAUCAAACCUGGAUUCUUCAGUGUGACAGCGACACUCCCCUGCUCAUUGCUGGUGUUCACUUGAGUCUCUCCCCCCCCCCCCCCAACUCUUUCCUCUUCUCAGUAGUCAAAUAAAGAUACAAGAGCACAAGACUUCCCGUCUGUAAUAUCUGAACGUAUAUCCAGAUUUGUAUGCUCUCAUCCCUCACCGUCCCCAAAAGGUUUGAGAAUUGAUGCACUUUACAGUCUUAAAGUGUACCUUCAAUGAAAAUAAAUCGAUUAAAUAUGG